AGAAUGAGCCUUGGCUUAAUACCUCCAACGUCUGCACAUUCGUGGUUCCAUUAGGACCUGCUCCAGCAGAAAAUGUCUCUCCGAAAACAACAACCCCACUCCCGACAACAGCAUCCAACCCUAUAAUUGGGAGAAAAAAGAGAAGUUUGAAAACGAAGCUUGGGCAAGGUCGGGUUGACUCCAGAAGAGACACUGCAAGUGUCGUGAAUUGUCUCGGGCAAGCGUCAACUGGAGCACAGUCCACACUGAGCACUUACGAGGGCACCUACUCUCACCCAGCAUUUGGAGAUUUUUACAUCAAGAUGGAAGGGGACAAACUUCGCUACCACUACGGGACUUUACAGAAAGGAGAGCUAACCCCAACAGGUAAACCUGGCGAGUUCUAUCAACAUUUUGAACACCCUUUGGAGUUUGUGGAGGAAUCCUAUGCAAAUACUCCUUUAACUGUCAUCACGUUCACACCUCUACCUGAACCUGGGAGCUCUAUGGCUGCGGUCAUUACUUUCUUAGGAUCCGACUAUCCCCCAACUUUUAAGAGGGCAUAGAAUACAGCCAGGUGGAGUGUAGGAGAAGAGAGCAAAGUAGAAUAGAUGGGGGAAGAGAGGAAAGGAGAUGAUAGGUUAAGAGAGGAGAGGAGAGGAGAGGAAAACUGAGUAGAACAGACUUCAAGAGAAAAGAGUUAAUGGGAAAAGAAGAGUCGAUGUAACAGGAAGAUAACAGGAAGAUAAUAAGGAGAGUAGAGGAAAGAGAGAGCAAGAGGGAAUUUGUGGAAAUGAGAAGUAGAGGAAAAGAGAUCAGAAGUAAGGAAAGCAGAAUAGAGAAUAUCAAGCGAGUGAAAGGAGAGGAGAGCCGAGUGGUGUAAACGUGAAUUAAAAGAAAAGAAGCAGG